AGGAAGCCUUCCCGACUGCCCUGCGGCACCGAGCCUCCGUCCUCUGGUUGCCCCGAGGGACCUCAGCGCCCCCGCCACGGGGAUCAGGACACAUUGGGAACCUGGGAUCUGUUUGGCGGGUCUAUUUAUCAAGCCCUAGAACCAGGUGGUCCAGGCACCUCACUGAUCUAAGAACAUGAGUGGAGAGAAGGAAGAGGCAUCGUUCAGAAUGUUCGGGGCUUAUGGCCAGCCUUACUCUUCUUCCUCUCCCAGUGAAGAAGUCCUCUCAUUGCUCAGAGCAAUUCCCCCCAUUCCAGAUGAAGUUGUGGUCAGACAGAAGAGGGCCCCACAGGGCUCCUGGAAGGUUGGCACACUCCUCCAUGGAAAGAGAGUCUACGCAGUGGCCGUCAGUGGCUCAACCCACCACGUGUACACGUGUGGCUCCGGCUACAUCAGGGUAUGGGAUGAGAGUGUGCUGCAUGCGGGGGACAAGGCCCCUCGGGCCCAGCUGGACUUGCAGCAUCCCCAGGACCGUGUUGUUACCUGCAAGCUGUUCCCUGAUGAGCGGAGCCUGAUCACAGGGGGUGCGUCCCAGGCCGUGACUCUCUGGGACUUGGCACCCACCCCCCAGGUCAGGGCACGGCUGACCUCAACAGGCCCUACGUGCUAUUCUCUGGCUGUCUCCUCUGAUGCCCGUAUCUGUUUGGCUUGUUUCCAUGGAUUUGUUGAGAUUUGGGAUUUGCAGAACCAAAUCUUGAUCAGGAAGCACGAAGUUCCUGUAUACGGGUCCCGAUGUGUGGACAUCACCGGCAAUAUAUUCUGGACAGGAGGUGAAGACACCACCCUGUAUUCCUGGGACCUGAGGAGCUACCAGAGGCUGCACCAACACAACUUACAGAAUGAGAUCCUCAGCAUUACCCAUGACCCCGGUGAAGAAUGGGUAUUGGCGGGCCUGAGAACAGGUGAUAUCGCAUUCCUUCACACUCGUCGGAAUGAGCAGUUUAAGGCUGUCAUGAAAAAAUACACGCGCCACCACAGCCUCAAGUUUGCCUCCUGUGGGAGCUAUUUUGUGACCGCAAUAGAUACGCGCCUCAGUGGCUUGGAGGCACCUUCUCUACAAAAGUUGUUUCAGAUAGAGGAGUCUUCAGGUAUCCUGUGCUGUGACGUGUCCUCUGACAACCAGUAUCUGGUCAUGGGCUCCAAUAGCAGUGCUACCAUCUACCAGCUCUUGUAUUAAAGGUGGCAUGCCAUGGUCCUGCCAGUGAAGACCCAGUCUUUGGGCUGGUGUGGCUGUGAGGAUGGCUUCAGAGUGCUGGACACCUCUAACACCUGCCAUCCCCUCUGCCUUAGCUUGGGUCAUCCCUCCCCUCUAGUAGCCCGCUCUCAGCCUGCACUCCCAGAUUUUAAUCAGAUGGUUUGGAGCUUUUUCCUUUGUUAUCUUCCUAACACUGAUUUCUGGGUUUUGGCAGGAAACUUGAGAUCCUUUUGUAAUGAAUAAAAUAGUAAAGCAGAAAGCAAA